AUGAAAGACAUCGUCAAAGCUCUUCAAGAGCUGGGACCUACGAUAUCAAAAAUUUGCGAAGUAUCCGCCAAUGCAGGAGUGUCUGUCGGUGUCUUGCACCACAACGAAGUCAUCUACCCGUCGGGAUAUGGAUAUCGAGACAUUUCCCGCAAGCUUCGUUCUGACGAGAACACUGUUUAUCACCUAGCAUCGCUUUCCAAGAGCUUCACUGCGUCCGCUGUAGGCAUUCUUCUCCAUGAGAACAAGCUUGUUUGGGAUCAGCCGCUAUCUAAAAUCUUGCCGAGUUUCAUCCACGAGAACACUACAAUCCAAAGCGAUGCUACCAUUCUUGACUUUCCAUCGCAUCAGAUACUAUUGAAGCCCGAGGAUCUGUUUCCAACAACUUCCUAUCUGGAGGUUGUUCAUCUGCUACGCUCAACAUGGCUCUACAACAACUGGGGCUUCAAUCUGGCUGCUGCCGUGCUUGAACAUCUAUCAGGGACCACCUGGGGCUCUUUUCUGGCAGAUAAUCUCUUCCGUCCGCUAGGUUUGAACAGAACAUAUACCAAAGAAGUAAUCCUUGAUGACAACGUUGCUCAAGGCUACAUGGCUGCGCGUGAUGGUUCAUCUUUCCCGGGUGGAAACCCGACUAUUGCCGAAGGAAUUAUCAUGGAAGGCGCAAACGGCGUAAAGAGCACCGUCGCCGAUCUUCUGACGUACUACAAAAGCGUGAUCAAGUCUUGGAAAGAGGAACUUUCUUCGGGCUCUUCAGAGACAGAUGGACUUCCCUUCAAAGAUAUUCGUACACUUCUGACCGGUCAUAUCUCCCUCGACCCAGAAUCGGAUUGUGAAGAGUUUUAUGGUGCUGGUUGGGCUAUUACCCAGCUGCCAUUUCCCGUCGGAAGUAUUGGAAUCAACGGAAUGUUCGUGGAAGCCAUGCCUGUGGUCGGAAAGGGCACUGCCAAACGUUUGCUACGGUAUCACAACGGCAGUUUGGUUGGCUUCUUCAGCUCGAUUCACAUUCUUCCUGACACCGAUACUGCUAUUGUGGUGCUCUGCAAUUCCCUUGCGAAAAACGACGCCGCAGACUGGAUAGGUCAACUUCUUCUCGAAAGCAUUUUGGAUACACCUGAAAAGAACGAUUACCUGGACCUGGCCACGAAGAGUGCUGCUGCAUAUGAUGCGAUGUGGGAUCAGGUUCCUGUAGAUCUUGAGAAGUCCAAGUCAUCCAAAACAAAUGGACGACCACUUUCCGAGUAUACCGGAAAGUUUUACAACAAGGUUCGAAAGUUCUUCAUUGAAGUAGAGGAGGUUGAGGGGAAACUUCAAUUCCGGUUCCAAGGUCUUUCAUCGCAAGUUCACCAUCUCCAAUACCACAACAUCGACACAUUCAGCUGGCCUCUCACAGAAGUGGAGUCCUUACACCUAGGUCGGUGGCCAGAUCUUGAUGCCACCAUGUAUAUCUUCUAUUUCCAGUCAAGCGAGGAUGGUAAGAUCAACGGGCUCCGAUGGGAACACGAUGGAGACGUUCCGGAUGGCGAGGUAUUUCUUCUCAGGCCGGUGGUCCAAAUGGUAGAUCAAACCAGUAUGAAGCCACUACCUGGAAUCAUUGCUGAUCAAAACCGGGAUGAGCUCUAG